AUGACAAAAGAUGCAACGGUAUUCACAGGGCCGCUUGUUUGUAGCGAUCAGGUAAUGAAUCUUGUAUUAUUCCCUGGAAAAAUGAAAAAUAAAGAUGGAGGGUAUGUCGAAACGCCACAGGAGCAGUACUGUUAUAUUAGAGGUGAAGAUGUAUCAUUUGUUAUUUUAAGCCAAGAAAAUUCUAUCAAUCGCGUAGCUAAUUUUGAUCCAAAAGACCCUGACAAAGAUCUUUAA